CAGCUUUGGGCCCGCCCCCUUGCGUCUGACGUCGCUGACGUCGGACGGGACUGUUUGUUCUGGAUUUGGGGCGAGGAAGAUCUGCGCGCGCUGACAACCGACAUAGGAAGAGAGUCGAGUCAGGAGCGUCAUGGCCUGAGGCGGCGCCCCCGCUGCCGCGCCUGCCCCCGCCAGGUCCAAUCAGCCCCGACUCGUCUGCAAACCCCUCCCCCCCUCCCCCACCCACCCCACCCCAAACCACCAUCACCAUGGGAGACGGACUGGAGGCGGGCAGGAGCCAGACUCCUCCCACAGCGCCGCCUCCUCUCUCCUGCAACCCCCCGGCUCCCGAAACAUGGAACCCCUCCCGACCCAGGCGGCAGACCAAUCAGCUACAGUACCUGUUGAAAGGGGUGUUGAAGGCUUUAUGGAAACACCACUUCGCAUGGCCCUUCCAAGCUCCCGUAGACGCCAUCAAACUCAACCUGCCCGACUACUAUAAGAUCAUCAAGACCCCCAUGGAUAUGGGCACUAUCAAGAAACGUUUGGAAAAUAGCUACUACUGGAACGCCCAUGAGUGCAUACACGACUUCAAUACCAUGUUCACCAACUGCUACAUUUACAAUAAGCCUGGCGACGACAUUGUGUUGAUGGCGGAGUCUCUGGAGAAGGCGUUCCUCAAUAAGAUCUCUGAGAUGCCCCAGGAGGAGACGGAGAUUGCCGUGGUUUCCAAAGGACGGCGCGGCAGUAGCCGGCGGGAGCCAGGUUUGACCAGACCAGACUCAGGGCAGGACUCCUCAUCCCCCUCCACCACUCCACACACACGAGACUACUCCUCCUCUUCCUCCACGCCCCACACCCGCGCCCCCCCUUUGACCCCCACUCCCCAGGGCCCUCCCAACCUCCCCCUGGCCCUCCCGUCCCACGGCCUGGCGCAGCCCCCUCGGGUGCCCCCUACCCCGCCCUCCCACGCCCCUCAGCUCGGACCCCCCUUCCCCCUGUCAACACUGGACAUCCUGGCCCAGGGACUGACCUCGGUCCCUCCUCCAGCCACCGCCCACACCACCGCUCUCUCAGGUCUCCACCCCAACCAGCUUCAGCAGAACCCCGCAGCUCCCAUCAAGCAGAGGAAGAGUCAAAAGAGAAAAGCCGACACCACCACGCCCACCGCCAACGACCAGCUCAGCGAGUCGUCCCCCGUCUCGUCCGCCGACCCGCGGCCCCGGCGCGAGGUCAGCCGGCCGCCCAAGCAGCCCAAGCGGGAGGCCCUGCAGCCCGACUCCCAGAACCACCUGGGCCUGGUGCUCGGCAUCGGGCUGGCGGGCACGGCGAGCCCCAAGAAGCAGGAGCAGCUGCGCUACUGCGCCGGCCUGGUCCGGGACAUGCUGUCCAAGAAGCACGGCGAGUACGCCUGGCCCUUCUACAAGCCCGUGGACGCGCGGGCCCUCAGCCUCCACGACUACCACGACAUCAUCAAGCACCCCAUGGACCUCUGCACCGUCAAGAACAAGCUGGAGGCCAGGCAGUACCGAGACGCCCAGGAGUUUGCGGCGGACGUCCGCCUGAUGUUCUCCAACUGUUAUAAAUACAACCCGCCGGAUCACGACGUGGUGGCCAUGGCACGCAAGUUACAGGAUGUGUUUGAGAUGCGCUUCGCCAAAAUGCCAGACGAGCCGACGGAGCCCGCGUUGGUGCCGGCCCCCUCGCCGGCCCCCCACCCGGCCCCCCACCCGGCCCACCACCCGGCCCACCACCCGGCCCACCACCCGGUCCACCACCCGGCGCUCCACCCGGCGCUCCACCCCGCCCUCCUCCCCGCCCCCACCUCGCGUCAAGUCCUGCCGGCCACGCUGGCACGCCGGACCUCGAGCUCCUCCGACGCGGAGUCCUCGGCGGGCGAUUCGGAGCGCGAGCGGCAGCACCGGCUGGCCGAGCUACAGGAGCAGGUUAGAGCGCCGGUUCCCUUUUGGGCCCGUGAGCCCAUAGUGAUGUCAGAAAAGCUGAAGGCGGUCCACGAGCAGCUGGCUGCCCUCGCCCAGCCCCAGGUGAGCAAGCCCAGCAAGAAGAAGGAGAGGAAGGAGAAGGAGAAAGAGAAGGAGAAGGAGAAGGAGAAGGAGAAGGAAAAAGAGAAGGAGAAGAAGAAGGAGAAGCACAAGAAGAAGUCCGCACUGGAGGAAAUGGUGGAAGUCCCGCCGGCCGCCAUCCUCCAACCUUCCAAGAAGAGCAAGGUCUGCAAGGAGCCUGCCGUGGUGGGCAAGAAAGACCGGAAGAAGCCUGGUAAGAAAGAUGAGGUUAAGAACAGUCGUCUCGGGGUGCCCCCCCUGGCCGGCCCGACGCCUCUCGUCCCCUCUGCGUCUCUCGAGGCAGAAGACGACAUCGGUGUGUUCGGAGGCGGCUCGGGUGAGCGCUGCAAGCCCAUGUCGUACGAGGAGAAGCGCCAGCUGAGCUUGGACAUCAACAAACUCCCCGGGGACAAGCUGGGCCGUGUGGUCCACAUCAUCCAGUCCCGCGAACCCUCGCUGAAGAACUCCAAUCCGGACGAGAUUGAGAUCGACUUUGAAACACUGAAGCCCUCCACGCUGAGGGAGUUGGAAAAAUACGUCUCCUGCAGCCUCAGAAAAAAGAAAAGGGCAACAGCUGAGAAGGCCUUGGAGGUCUCGAAGGCGAAGACUGGCUCUUCCUCAUCGGCCAGCAGCGACUCCUCGGAGGACAGUGAAGACUCUGAACAUGGGCUGGUUCCCAAGCAGCAGCAGAAGCAGAAGAAGGCGGUGUUCACCAAGGAUACCAAAAGGCCUCACCACCCUUCCUUUAACAGCGUGGGUGGGCCCCCAGUGCCCCCCCAUCAGCCCCAGGUGGUCCAGUCCAAACCCCUGUUCUCCGCCCCUCCGGCCCUGCCCCUGCCCGUCCCUGCCCCCUCUUUGGACUCGUCGCAGCUGUUGGGGUCCGGGUUCGAUCCCCUGGCACACUUUCUGAACCCUCACCUGGCCCAGUCCAAGCCGGAGCCCACCCCCACGGUUUCCACGGCAGGCGGCCCCGCACCCCCCGGGCCCCUCAACAAACAGGCUCACGCUGCCCCGCCCCCGGCAGAGACACACCCCUUCCUCAACCAACACACCAUCCUACCUUCACCAGCGCUCCACAACGCUCUUCCACAGCAGCCGUCGCGGCCUAGCCACCGCGCCGCGCCCCUCCCCCCCAAGAGCGCCCAGCAGCCCCCCGCCCCCGCCCCUAUCAUGCCCGCCAGCGCCGCCGCUCCCCUGCCCUCCUCCUCCUCCUCCUCCUCCUCCACACCCUCGUUGCCCCUCGCCCUGCCCGAGCGGGUGCCCCCGCCACCGCCGCACCUCCCCUCCCCCACCACGCACACCAUUCUGGGCACGCUGUCGGCACAGCCCCCGCAGGCGCUGCUGGAGGACGACGAGGAGCCCGCGCCCGCCGGCCCCGCCAGCCCGCCCCCCUCGCUGCCCCUCAGCCAGAUGCACGUGUACCUGCAGUCGCUGCAGCCGCGGGCCCCCGCCCCGGGCCCCGCCCAGCCCCUCCACGGCCACGCCCACACGCCCGCGCAGGCCCCCCCGCACGCCACGCAGCCCGCCCACGCGCAGGCCGUCACGGCGGCGGCCCAGCGGAACGGCGCCGGCCCCGGCCUCCUGCCGCAGUCGUUCAUGACCGCGGCCGGGCCCAAGGCCGCGGCGCUGCAGCAGAAACUGCAGCAGAUGCAGCAGCACCAGCGGCCGCAGUCGCCCUGCAUUAAGACGGAGCCUUACGCAGGGUCCCUGAGGGAGAGUCCGCCGUCUCUGAGGCUCCAUUCUCCCCACAUGACUCCCCAGUUCCAUCCGGCGGGACAGCACUCGCCUGCGCAGACCAAGAAACACGAGCAGAGGUCCAAUCUGGUGGGGGGGGUGAAGGAGGAGAAGCUGUCCCAUUCUCCCGUCCUGCCGCCGUCGCCCUUCAGCCCCGCCCUGCGUCCGGACGCACACAAGAGCCUGGACGGCAGACCUCCUCACAACGUGAAGUCAUUGGACGGCUCCCGCCCAGGGUCCCGCCUCCCGCACUCCCCGGCCCCGCCCACCUCGCAGCAUGAGGUCAAAGUCAAGCUGGAAUCUAAAACACAGAGCGCUCCCAAGAAGGCACAGGACACCAAGCUGAAGAACAUGGGCUCGUGGCCAGCCUGAUCCAGCGGCCCCAGUCCAGCCACCUCCACCUCCUCCUUCCGCUCCUCCAGCGACAGCUUCGAGCAGUUCCGCCGUGUGGCGCUGGAGAAGGAGGAGCGGGAGAGGCAGCUGAAGGCGCAGGCUGAGCAGGCGCGCAGGGAGCAGGAGAAGCUGCGCAGCGGUAGCCGUGACGACGAGGACACCGCGGAGCCGGCCCGCCGCUCGAAGGACGACACACACCGCCGGCAGGAGCAACAACCGUCACCGCUCGCCCCCACGCCGCCCGCCUCCACCCCUCCCACCCGCUCUCCGCAGCCCGCCCCCAGCCAGCCCCCGGCCACGCCCCCGGCCCCGCCCUCGGCUGCCGCGCAGACCGCCCUCGACCAGCAGAGGGAGAUGGCGCGGCGCCGGGAGCAGGAGCGGCGCAGGCGCGAAGCGAUGGCCGACACCAUUGACAUCAACUUCCAGAGCGAACUCAUGGCCAUUUUUGAAGAGAACCUGUUCUGAGGGCGAAGGCGCGCCGGACACUGGUGGCUUUUUUUUUUUCUCAGUUCCUGGCGGAAAACAUGCAAAUAGACUCUUACUUCUACUACAUAUGCUCUAUCGCUGCUCACCUGUGCACACGCACACACACACACACACGCACACGCACACACACGAUGGAGGCGGCCCCUUUCUCUCUCAGUAGGGGGGAUGACUAGCCAUGCGUCCUAUAUACGGGGGGCCGUGAAGCUAUAAAGCCCACCACACUGAGGGCUGCCAGAUGCGUUUGUCUGGCUUGUGUACCCGGUUUAUUUUCGGGUUGUGCGCUUCCAGAUACGUCGACGAUGAGGACAGACGUGCACGGGAACCCUCCCGCCCCCUUGCGAUCUAAGUGGGCGGGAGGGUUCCCCGGGGGGGGGGGGGGGGGGGGGGGCUGACCAAACAGAUGAACAACACUUAAAUCGGGCAGAUAGCUAUGUUCUGUCUCUUUCCUUUUCUAAUCUUUGUCCCUUUUAUUUUUUUUCCCUUUCUAAUUUUUAUUUUACCCAGCUUUGGGUUUUAUGGUGUGGGGUCAGGGACGUUCUGGUUAAAGGGUUCCACCUGGAGAGGGUCCGGUUAAAGGGGUCCACCAGGGAGAGUCCACCAGGGAGGGUCCGGUUAAAGGGGUCCACCUGGGAGAGUCCACCAGGGAGGGUCUGGUUAAAGGGGUCCACCUGGGAGAGUCCACCAGGGAGGGUCUGGUUAAAGGGGUCCACCUGGGAGAGUCCACCUGGGAGGGUCACAUUAAAGGGGUCCGCCUCGGAGGUCUCAGUAAGUGUCCUCUCAUAACAUCAUGAGAACCGACCCCAUCCCCCCCCCAUGAACAUCACCUUGGCAAAGAGGCUUUCCUCCUCUCCCUCCCUCUUCCUCUGCCUCUGAAAGCCCCUCCCAUCAGUGGCGAAGGUUAUCGGAGGAUGGCCAGGGGAAGGGGAGAGAACGGGGUGGGUUUAAAAAGGUGUGAGAAUGUGUCCUUUGCCUUAGAGCUUCGGCCUGUAAACUAAAAAGAAUUUCCCCCAGACAACUAUACAUUAUAAAUAUAUAUAUAAAUAGAUACAUGAAUAUAUAUUAUAUACAACAAAAAAAGAUCAGUUCAAAAAAAAUAUAUAGAAAAAAAGAAAAGGAGGAACACCAGAAGAAUUAGAUUUGUUGUGAGCUAAGCUUGUCUGUGCUCAUCUCGGAGCUUUGGUUUUGGUUUUUUUCUAGAAUUUACUGUAAAGAUCAUUUGUAUGGUUCUACCGAAAGGAUUGUUUUUAUCUUACACUCGUUCUCUUGUAUGCUUUCCGUCUUUUUCUCAACUUUAUGCCAAAACCAAUCUAUUGAGUGCUGAAAAAGUGUAUUCAAAAUGUGUGUUACACAUAAAAUUCAUCCUCUUUUAACUUUAUAUUAAAGACAAUUUAAGGUUUUUGUUCUAUUUAAUUUGACCUCAUCCCUGUUUAAAAUCAUAUGCCUUUUUAAUGGGGGCGCCAUUGUUCAGUCAAGAAAACAAACUACUGCACUUAGCUGUCUACUUAACUUCUGUUCUUUUCUUCUUAGAAUAUUUUAGCUUCACCGUAUUUAAGUUGCGUUUUUUUAAUAAGAUUGUAUGUUUCUGAGUCACAUCUUCAUCACCACUACCACCACAGCAACCAUGGUCGUAAGAGACUUCUUGAACUGUUUUCAUCCCUCAUUCAUGUUCGUUUUUUUAUUUUGUGUGUGUGCACGUGUGUGUGCGUGUUUUAUGUCCAUGCUAUCAGUCAAGGAUUUCUGUGUGCCAUGUGUUUUUGGAAGGGAGGGGAUUUUAUCCCAUGUUAUUUUGGUUGGCCCAGACAUCCAUCAGUUUAUUUGGUUAUUUUGUUCUCAUUCUUUCAUUCAUUUUUUUUCCCGUUUCCGAUAUUUGAUUGUUUUGAGUCGCCCCUCCCUUUGUAAAUGCUUUUUGAUUUUUGUUUCUUCUUUGAACAACAUGUGGUAUGUUAGUGUGGGAGGUAUUGAGGUCAAUAGAUUUAUUCUGUUUUGAUUAUGGAGUAAAACAUCUUUUUUUAAGAAAAGUAUUAAAAUAAUAUUUAAAAAUUA